GAGAGACUCUCGCAGCAGAGUCUGAGCGGCGCGCACAGUCCAGAGCGGAGCAAGGAGCGCUCGGAGCAGCAGCGGCAGCCAGUAGCCUGGACGCAGGUCUUCGGCCGGCAUUUCUGCACACCAGCAAGGAGCGCAGCUCGCCUGGCCACGUCGGCACGCGCCGCUCCCGGCUCCCGGCCGCUGCAGGCCCGCCAGCUGUCGGACUCACGGACCCAGCAGCUGUCACGGCAAACGGACAUGUCACAGCUAAGUAAGAACCUGGGUGACGGCAGUCCCCCGACCGAGGCCCCCAAGCCGCCGGUCUAUAGCCGCCCCACCGUGCUGAUGCGCGCCCCGCCCGCGUCCUCGCGCGCCCCGCCGGUCCCCUGGGAGCCUCCUCCGCCGGAGCUGCAGGCGUCCCUGGCCGCCUGGCCGGCUCCGCAGCCCGCCUGGGAGGCGCCGCAGGGCCAGCCGCCCACCCCGGGGGCCCCACUGGCCCAGCCCCAGGCUCUCGGGGCCCCGCUGGUGCAGGCACCCCAGCUGGGGGGUCCUCUGGGCAAGCCUCCGACUCCCGGAGUCCUGAUGAUGCGCCCUCCCCCUCCGGGCGCCCCGCUGGCCCAGCCUCCGACUCCGGGUGUCCUCAUGAUGCAUCCUUCGGCGCCCGUGGCCCCCAUGGCACACCCGCCCCCUCCAGGCACCCCUAUGGCACACCCGCCCCCUCCGGGCACCCCUAUGGCGCACCCGCCCCCUCCGGGCACACCCAUGGCACACCCGCCCCCUCCGGGGACCCCCAUGGCGCACCCGCCUCCUCCGGGGACCCCGAUGUCCCAACCUUCAGCACCGGGAGUCCUGGUAGCACAGACGCUGGCCCCCGGAGUCCUGAUGGUCCAGCCACCGCAGCCUGCCACCCUGAUGGCCCAGCCGCCGCCACCCGGAGCACAGAUGGCCAAGCCGCCUGGUCCCGGCGUCCUGAUGAUCCACCCGGCCGGCCCGAGAGCACCCAUCGUCCAGCCCGCAGCCUCCGGUGCGCCCCUGGUGCAGCCAGCCCCCGCACCGGCACAGCCAUUGGCCACUUGGGCCCCCCAGGCCCAGCCUCUGAUCCUUCAAAUUCAGUCUCAGGUCAUCCGGGCUACUCCGCAGGGUCCCCAGGGCCCGCCGGCGCCCCUGGCCACACCCCCAGGCUGGCAGGCCACGGCAGCCCCGGGGUGGCAGCCCCCUCCACAGGGCUGGCACGCAGCACCCCUGACCUGGCAGGCCACGCAGGUCACCUGGCAGGCGCCCACCAUCACCUGGCAGGCCCCGCAGCCCAUGCGCCAGGGCCCACCGCCCAUCCGCCCGGGGCCACCACCCAUCCGCCCAGGGCCACCACCUGCGCGCCAGGCCCCACCGCCCAUUCGCCAGGCGCCGCCGCUGAUCCGCCAGGCCCCACCGCCCAUCCGGCCGGCCCCACAGGUGUUGGCCACACCGCAGCACGUGUGGCAGGCCCUGCCGCCCCCACCGCCACUGCGUCAGGCCCCGCAGGCCAGGCUGCCCGCCCCACAGCUGCGGGCUGCCCCCCAGAUGCGAGCUGCCCCACCCAUGCCCACUGUGCAGCAGGUGACCAUCCAGCAGGUGCCCACGGCCCCACCUGCCGCAGCACAGGUGUCCGGGGCUGCUCCCCCAGCGGGGCCCCAGGGGCCCCAGGCCACACUGCCUAUGCCGCUGUCCGCGCCGCGUGUGGCUCACUGCCCGCCCAUCAUCUGGGAGGCCCCCAAGGGUCAGCCCCCUGUGCCGCACGAGCUGCCCGCCACCGCCAUGGAGUUCCAGGAGGUCCAGCCUGCUCCAGCCGUGACCUGGCAGGUGCCCAAGGCCCCCGGCCACUUCUGGCAACCGGUGCCUACCCAGGAGGCCCAGAGGCAGGGUCCCCCACUGAUGGCGAUGGAGCAGCCCUUUCCAGGGGGCCCGGCCUCCCAGAAGGCCGUGCCCAUGCAGCUGCCCGCGCAGCAGGCGCAGCCCGCAGGCGCACAGGCCGAGCUGCCCGCGGUUCAGCAGUUGCAGCCCCAGCCCACCUGGCCCGGCGCCCCCGCCGGCCUCCAGGUCCGGCCCGCAGCAGCAACCGUAGCGGCGGCAAAUUUUCCCCUGGGUCCAGCUAAGCCGCACCUGACUCCGUCGGGGGAGCCCCGCGCACCGUCGGGGGACCGCCGGGCUGCGUCCAAGGAGCGUCGCACCUCGUCCAAGGAGCGCAGGGCGCCAUCCAAGGAGCGCAUGAUCUUUGCAGCCACCUUUUGUGCGCCGCAGCGAGGGGGCUCAGCCGCCGGCCGCGUGCACGCGUCGCCCGCCUGGAAAAACGUGCCUGCAGCUCCCCCAGAGGCCUUCCCGGUCACCCCCAGGGUCUAUCCAUCUACCUCCCAGAUGCAGCCUGCCCCUUCUCACACCCUGGCGGCUCCACUGGCCAUGCCGGAGACCCCAAAGAUGCUGCCACGCGCCCUGCACGAUCCCUUCGCCGUCGCGGGGGUAGAGGCCGUGCCCACAGUGCCCUGGGUGGCCCAGCCCAAUCUGAGCGUGGCCAAGACGGCCAAGGCAGUGCCCACCAUCCUGAUGUCCAUGGCGGCGGCGGCGGCACCAGCACCAGCGCCCCCCCAGGCAAUGGCCACUCCUGCGGAGGCCUCCAAGUCCUCCGCUGAACCCCCUCGGCGCUCAGGCAAAGCCACCAGGAAGAAAAAGCACCUCAACACCUGUGAGAACAGCAGUGCCCAGUUCAUGGCGCUACAUGACUGGCGGGGCCGCCGGCCCUGGGACUAUCCGAACUUGAGUGACUGGGACUUGCAAACCCCGGCACAUUUCCUGGGGGACUGGGAGGCCCUAAAUGCCUGUAACCUGAGUGGUUGGGAGGGGCCCCUGACCUCCAGGAUCCUGGGUGGCUGGGAGGUCCACGGCACCACCUGGGCCCUGAGUGCCUGGGAGGGGCCAAGUGUGGCGCGUGCCCUGGGCCUCUGGGAAUGCCCCAGCAGCCCGCACUCCUUGAUUCUCUCUGAGCUCACACACCUCUCUCAGGGAUUCGGUGCCACCCAGAAUGAGUCCCAGCUGGAGACUCAGACCAUGUCCCCCUUAGAGCAGAGGGCAAACGCAUUGGUGCAGUUCCUCUUGAUCAAGGACCAAGCUAAGGUGCCCAUCAAGCGAUCGGAGAUGGUGAAAUUCAUCCUCCGUGGCUAUAAAGAUGAGUGUCUGGAUAUCAUCCGCAGGGCCAGCCAGAAGCUGCAGUGCAUGUUUGGGUAUCAGUUGAAGGAAAUUGAUGCCCAAAACCACUCUUACAUCAUCAUCAACAAGCUGGGGAGUGGCAGGGGCCGGCCAGCGGCGGCAGUACCGGCCACCGUGGUGGGCCCCGCUCUGGACAAGCCCAGGCUGGGUCUCCUCAUGAUCAUUCUGAGCCUGAUCUUUAUGAAGGGCAAUUGUGUGCGGGAGGAACUGGUCUUUAGUUUCCUGUCCAAGCUGGGGCUGGACGUGCACGCAGCUCACGGGGUCUUUGGGAACACCAAGAAGCUCAUUACCGAGGUGUUUGUCAGGCAGAGGUACCUCGAGUACAGGCGCGUGCCUUUCACUGAGCCCGCCCAGUACGAGCUCCUCUGGGGGCCCCGGGCAUUUCUGGAGACCAGCAAGAUGCUGGUGCUCAAGUUCCUGGCUAAACUCCACAAGAAAGAUCCCAGUUUUUGGCUCUUCCACUACCUGGAGGCGCUUUCAGAGUGCGACUGGGAAGACCCAGAUGAGGAUGAUUCUGACCCCGAUGACAGUACCCACGACUCCACCAGCAGCCCCCCGCCCCAAAAAUGAAGUGCAGCUGUGACCGUGUCCGUCUCUGUGUUCUGGCCAAAGGCCAUUGACAACGUCGUCGUGUGGGGUUGGGUGGGGGAUGUUUCGCUCCUGGUGUUUCUGUUCAGUUCCAUGUGUGUGAAUUGGGAAUCCUUGUGUGACUGGUUCUUGGUUCCAUAUUUGCCAAAGCUCUGUACAUUUUUUUACGUGGCGUUUGAGUUCUCUUGGCUACUGUUCUCUUUGGCGUGUUUUGACAUAUGUACUUUUAAGUGGGAUCUGUGAUUCUCUGUUUUGUGUUCUGAUUGUUCUGUUUUGGUCUCAGAGUUGUGCUGGCUUUGUGAAAUGACUUAAGAAGCUUCUCCAUCUUAUUCUGCUCCAGAUUCGGUAGCAUUGAAAUAGGCUGUUCUUUGAACGUUAAAAUGACUCACCAGUAAAAGCUGUCUGCAGAGAAAUAAAUAUCUAUAUCUAUAAAUAU